AUGUCAUUGAAAGAUAAUUGGAGCACGUCAGAACAUCGUCGAAAGAUAGCCGAAGCAAGUUGGAAUGUCAUCGAGGGAUGGCCAAAGCAGAUCGGAACAUCAUCAGGAUGGUCGAAGCAGAUCGGAAUGUCACCGAAAGAUGGUGGGAGCAGGGUGACCAAAAGGCUGUCAAAUGAUAACCAAAGGAUGGCUAAGCAAGUCAGAACAUUGUCGGAGGGCAAUUGGAGGAUGGUUGGGGCAAGUCAAGAACAUCACCGGAAGGCGACUAAAAAGACAUCGGAGGAUGGCUGGGGCAAGUCAAAACGUCAUUGGAGGAAGACCGAAAAGUUGCUAGGAGGCAAUCAGAAUAUCAUCGGAGGUCACCAGAGGAUAGUGGGGAGACGAUCGGAACAUUGCUGA